UAGAAAACUGCUCUGUUAAAAGGGAAAGCUCGUGUUAUUCUCGUUCGAUUUAAGCUUAACUAGGGAUUUGUUCCGAUUUGAUUUCAAUUUCUGGUGUUCAUUCCGAGAUAAUCAACUUUGAUCGUUUCCAACUUCUCUGAAGGUCAGCUACGAUGUCGGUACGAACAGUGAAAGUCAGCAAUGUCUCCUUGAGUGCAAUAGAGCAAGACAUCAAGGAAUUCUUCUCAUUUUCUGGUGAAAUCGAAUAUGUUGAGAUGCAGAGUGGGAAUGAGCGGUCUCAAAUUGCAUAUGUUACUUUCAAGGAUUCUCAGGGGGCAGAGACUGCACAACUUCUUUCGGGAGCAACAAUAGUUGAUCUGUCCGUCUCCAUAACUCCAGCUCCAGAUUACCAGUUACCACCUGGUGCUUCAGCUCCUCCUACACCAAAGGAAACCAAAGCUACUAGUGGUGCUGAAACUGCAGUGCAAAAGGCAGAAGAUGUUGUUAGUAGCAUGCUUGCGAAGGGUUUUAUCUUGGGCAAGGAUGCCCUUAACAAAGCAAAGGCCUUAGACGAGAAGCACCAAUUCACAUCCACAGCCACUGCGAAGGUUGCUUCACUGGACAAAAAGAUUGGGCUCAGUGAGAAAAUAAGUGUGGGCACGUCUGUUGUCAAUGACAAAGUCAAGGAAAUGGACCAGAAAUUUCAGGUUUCUGAAAAAACAAAAUCUGCUUUUGCAGCUGCUGAACAUACAGUCAGUAAUGCUGGGUCUGCCAUCAUGAAGAACCGGUAUGUACUCACAGGGGCUUCAUGGGUAACUGGGGCCUUCAAUAAGGUUGCUAAGGCAGCCGGGGAAGUUGGGCAGAUGACGAAAGAAAAGGUUGGCAUGGCUGAGGAAGAACAGAGAAGAGAAAUGGUGGAUGCUUAUGCUCAGGUACUGUCUGAGUCUCCAAAAGCUGAAGAAGGUGACAAGCCUACCAAACCUGGCCCUGCGCCUGCACAAGGAUUGAUCCUUUGACUGGUUAAAAUUCUGUAAAUAGCUUUGCCUAUGCUUUGUGAUUCUACCACCUGUGAUAUUACUUUCUUGCUUUGUUUAGUAUGCGAAUACUAAUGUAGAAGAGGCUGCGGCCAUUGUUGGAUGUGAUUGCUAUAAAUGACUUUAUUAACUUGAUUUUCUU